AUGUUACACUUAUUUCACGUGUCUUGGUUCUGUACGCUUCAAACAGAAGUACUUGUUAUAGCAAAAAUAAGUCAAGGAGAAUCAUUCCAAUAUUUUGCACCAUUUGCGGACGAGCGUGAAUAUGAACAGCAAAACCUCGACUAUUUUGUUGUUGUUAUUGAACAACUUGAACUUAAGGUCGUAUGUAGCUUGGGCGUCGACUGUACAAAGGUAGCCACCACAAGGAUCAGCGGGCACAAUGACACUAGAGAGGCCCAAGAAAUUAGUUUGGAGUUGCAGGAAGGUGACUGGUUAAACUUUCAACCGCUCCAAGUAAACACUGAGCAAGACCAAAACGACAGUUUCCAGAUGAGGAUAACAAACAUCACGACAAACAAUAUAUCAGAUUGUAUGGAAGUUAAGUCGCCACAAGUCAUUGGGGAAUGGUCUCCUAACGUCUCGAAUAACUUUACCAUAAGCUUUGACAUCCUCCUUCCUGGAACUAACUAUUUUAGUAUUAGUCUCAAAUCGUUGAAACAGCAGUGUGAGCUGGUUUGGAGAGUACAAGUUAACGUGCGAUCGGUAGAGUGCGCCACGACACCAACAGAAGGAAAAAUGUUCAGGAAAAGGUGUAUGCGUAGUCGAUUCAGAAAAGGUAUCAACAUUUUCUUCAUUAAUAAUUUUGCUUGUCAGUGUUGUCCAGGGUACAUUGGUCGUUAUUGUGAAGAGAAAGAUGGUUGCCAUAGUAACCCUUGCAAUCAUGGUGGCUUCUGUGUAGACAUUACUGAAGGUCUAGUUGAUACUACCUUCCAGUGUCUUUGCCCUCAUGGCUAUCAUGGACAGUCCUGCGAUGAUGUCGUGAAUCUUUGCGACCGACAGCCAUGUUUGAACAACGCUACCUGUUGGGGAAAUCAGACGAGUUAUAACUGCGAAUGUCCAUCAGGAUUUAUAGGAAAAAACUGUGAAGUAAAUGUGAAUGAGUGUUUGUCAAACCCUUGUGUUCAUGGCGUUUGCGAAGAUGCAGCCGGAGGGUACAAGUGUUAUUGUUUACCAGGUUACGGAGGCGACCACUGUGAAUUUGAAUAUGACGAAUGCGAUUCUAGUCCGUGUAUAAACGGUGGUGCUUGUGAAGACUUGGUUGCAGGCUACAAGUGUCAUUGUGGUCCAGGAUACAAUGGACGUAGGUGUCAAGUAAAAGUAGACUUGUGUCAACCUAACCCCUGCCCUAGUCCGGCGCAGUGUGUCGACAGAGGAAACAAUUACAGCUGUAUUUGUCAUCCUGGAUAUAACGGAGCAGGUUGUACACAACGUUUUGAUCCCUGCUAUCCCAUCCCAUGUGAGAAUGGUGGAACAUGUUGGCCUAGUCUUGACUUGUUCUUCUGCUCUUGUUUACCUGGUUAUACAGGAGACACAUGCGAAGAUGAGCUAUUAUACCCAGUUAAGCCACUUGCACACACUCAAGGAAAAACGGAAAAACCACAAGAAAGCUCUAUGAUCGACAAUGUUAGCGUUUCUUUAGAGCACGUGCAUAAUAUCUAUAUUGCCGCUUCCACAUUGGCCGGAGCCUGCCUGAUUGCUGUUAUUGUUGUAACGCUCUGUCACUGUCGAGUGCACAAGUCGUACCAGCGAUUUGUCAGGAAGUUUGGAAGAUCUCGUGCCGAAACGAAGCAACAAAAAACCGAUGAUCCGGACAAGUUUUCCUUAAAUCUCCAAGGAAAUACUUCUGAUUUCAGACCGUUUUCUGACAGUGUUUACGAAGCUACUACAAUAGAUUUGACCGAUAACUUGGACCGGCCACUCAUCGACUGAGUUUCUGCAUAUUUUGGAUUUUCCUUCCGUCUCACCUUUUCGUCCUGGCUGAUGUAAUGGCGUCGUUUGUCUAAUAAAGGUUACUGGUUUUCUACGCGCAAACGCUAUGACGUAACAUCAUAAAAAAAGUCCAAGUUAAAAAAUUCCGUCAUCCCCAAACUCAUGAGAUUGCCAUUUUGUAACAGUACAGUAAAAGUAACGAUAGUGAAUGACAUUAUCUGCCUAGUGAUGAUAGGCUAUGAUCUAAAAAAGUCGUAAUUUCAUUCUUAAAGUUAUGAUUUGAGCGUAGAUGCCCAAAGAGAUUAUACACUUGAGUUUUUCAUUUCAAUAAAUGUGCAUAUUAGUAAUAUUUUAUUUGUUUUUUCUUUAUGGUUAUACUGUUUAAUUUGGCCUAUAAAUAUUAUUAAUGUGUUUAAUGUAAUUAUAAUAGAAUGAUGGUCAAAGAGAAUGUAUUCUUCUUUGGAAAUUGUCCUGUGACGUGAACUUUACAUCUACUCCCCCAAACUUGCAAAAUAUAUAUAUGUUUCACAAGUUUUGUAACAAUCUUUCAUUCUAAAUGUUUUAGAAUUCUCUCCAUAAAGAAUUUCCUUUUUUGCAGUUCUUCAGAAUCUGUUUAGUUCCUGCUGUACCAAAUAUCCAUAAUGAUCACAAGAUAAGUCUAAAAUAUUUGUUAACACAUUUCCAGAGUCCCCUUUAAAGCAGCUCCUGUGGUAAAGUUUCAACUCGCAACAAAAAUUCACUGGUCUUCAUCAAAGCUCCAAAAUUUGUUCUAAAACAUCUGCUCUACCAAAUUCUUUGUAUUGUUUUAAAAAUAUGUUCUCUAUCACACUUCUGAAUACUCUUCGAUAUAUGCCCCUUUAUCAAAAUUUCCAAAUCCUCUUUAAAACACAUCCUCUGUCAAAGCUCCUGAAUCCUUUUCAAAACCUGCCCUCUAUCAAAAUUUCUAAAUCCUAAACUAAACUUUAAAACAUGCUCUAUAUAAAAAGUUCUGAACCAUCUUUAAAUUUUUACCGGAAUCGAAGAUCCACUUUAAAGAAUCCAUGUACCCGAUUUUCAGAAUUGUCUGUUAAGAAAUAUCAAAUAGUUGGAUUUUAAUAACAAAUUUAUGAUUUUAAAGCUCCAGAAUUGCUAUAUAUUUGAAUUGCGGUAUAAACACAUAAUACACAUUUAUUCUUCAAACAGUUUUUGAUAUUUAGGAAUGCUAUAUUUUGUAUCUUUAUAUUACUUUUCUGUUUACGGUAUCGUGAAGUUCUCAAAAAAAAAAAAAGAGAAGAAAAAAGAUCAUAUGUGACAAAGUCCGUUAAAGCUAAAUGUUUAUCGUUACUUUUCUUCUGUUGUCAGUGAAACUUUAUGUAACGGAUAAUGGCGAUUAGCAUAAAUAAAUGUUUCUUUACGAAUCUUAGAAUUCGAUAUGUUUUUAGUCAUUCACGUUACACUUAGCAUCAGAAUCUUAGGGAAACAAUCACUGUAUCUAAGUGUAUUGGAAACUAUAGAACGUAUUGCGCUGAUUUACAGAAACAUUUAGAAGUAAAAACAUUUCUUUCAUAUACACUUCUUACUACGAUUUCCCAUGAAAACUAUAUGUAGAAAAAACAUUAUUUGGAAACUAUUGAAUAGCAGUUGUAGAACUAUAAACAAGUUGUCCCUUUUUGCUUUCUUCAUAUAUCAGGUAUUGACUAAAAGCAUACUGAAAAAAUUGAAAGGUUUAAAAAACCACGGCAGAAAAUCUAGGUAGGCUGCUCUUUGAUAUUUAUUUGUUUAGCAUUUACAAUUCCAUAGUUCAGUUUUAUGUUUCCAAAGGCUUGUCAAGUUACUAUCAUGUGUCAUGUCCAUCAGACUUUAUCUAUCAUGUUUUGUUGCUCUUGAGUAGAUCGUCAUAUGUAUAUAUAUAUAUAUAUAUAUUCUAUAAUUAAAUACUUUCUUCCGUGGGAUAUGGUUGCUUCUAAAGACAUGGUUUACUACCUUAUCUACACUAUGAUGUAAUGUCAUGUAACUAAUGAAAUAUAUAUUUCUCAUUUGCUUUCAUAACUAUCGUGGUUGCUUAGGAGAGAAGUAAGGUCGACAUUAGUUGACGCUGAUACGAAAGUGUAAUUCCAUACUAAUGUGAAGAAUUUAGUAUUUUUCUUUAUCCUGUUUUUAUUUAACAUUAUUAACAAUCAACAUUUAUAAAGGUUAUUCUGUGAAGCAUUGUUAUCUUUCAAUAUUGUUUUAAAGGUUAUUCUAUUAAGCAUUGUUAUCUUUCAAUAUUGUUUUAAAGGUUAUUCUGUUAAACAUUAUUAACUUUAAAUAUCGUUUUAAAAGUUAUUAUGUUAAACAUUAUUGAUUUUUAACGUUAUAUUUUCAGCAUCAAUUAUUUCGCCGUUUUGUUAUCCAUAUUUUUUUCGCUAGUCCAGUUCAUGCUGUAUUUUGUUCCUUAUACCUAUUAAACUGAGACAGAUAUGUCGGGUUGUAGAGAAGAAAGUCCAAAGUUCGAGUCUUGAUGUGUUGCUGAAUAUGCUCCACACACUCGGUGGUGGAAGCGUUAUAACAGUCUGGCGAACUUCUUCAUCGGGAUUCGGUCCAUGUUUUGGACCAGGGAGGGUCAGGUUCAGCGUUGACCGCUUCCUUCGUUAUAAAAGUCACAGACAAUCUUGCUAUUCGAUUAAAAUUAGCCGGAUAGGCAAUGGUCUCUGUUUAUUAGUUGAUCUCCAUCUGGUUAGCUGUUCUAAGUUAUGGAUAGCUUUGCCUGAACCUUAGAGGUCUCUGACCUUGCCAUUUAGCCCAUAUGUCACACAAGGUGUCAUUAAGACUGAAAAUACCAAAAUCCCUUUUAACCUUUUAAAGUUUAAUUUCUUUAAUAUAUAUCACUUUUGUCAUUUGUUUUUAAUAUCUGCUAUUUGAUAUAUAAUUAUUAUAAUAAAUAAUUAUGACAUCAUUCCAGUGAUUUAACGUUAUUUCCAUAACGAAACGAAAAAUAUACACUUAUAUGGAUAGUUUUACUUAAACAAGCUUUCAAUUCGAAGAAUUUCGAGAAUUUUACUUGAUAAUUUACCAGAAAACCCAGCAUUAAAACACGAAUCAGGUAAAUAAUCCUACCAAGAAAAGAAGCAGAUGGCUUCUUAAGUUUGAUUGUACACUCUGUUUGAAUCUGUUUACACUUUUAAGUGUGUGUGAAAAUUAGUGAACCUAUAGAAAAUUAUUUAUUUGUUUAUUUUUUGCUAUGACCAUGUUGCUUUAUCUCAUCUGUUGCCUUAUGCACAGAUCUGGUGACACAAGGCAUUUUAUAAACUUUCACAGAAUUAUUUUCUAAUGUACGUAAUUUCAUUGGAUUGUUUAUCCAACGUUUCUAGACCUUGUUAUCUAGUCGUGUGACAUCGUCUUAUUGGUUAUUUGUA